AUGUGUUGCCCGGAAGAAGCGGACACCGGGUUUCUUUGCAACAUCAAAAAGAUAUUCACCGGGAUGAAAAGAUGUCAGUCAGCGUGCAAAGACAGAGUCUACACGUACUCUAUGAGCCAACUGAAGUGUAUAGAGAAGGAAAUCAGUAUUCUGGAGGAUGAGACUUAUUGUCAUGAAAGUACGAUCAGGGACGCCAUGUGUGGCGACUGUAUGACUGACAGCGAGUACUUGAGAUCUGCUCUGUCAUCGAUCAUGGAUAAACUGGAGUGUAUACGGUGUGACCUGCAGUGUGCCCACGAGUGUUACGACCCUGUGAGGGACCGCUGUGAGAACGAGCUCAUCUGUCAGCUGAUGGACCGCACCAGAUGUCUGGAGAUGCUGGCAACGGCUGGUCCGCCACCGGCAACUGCGGCAGACGAUGCAAGCCGGGCUUUAGGAGUCCCUGCUUUCCUAGGAAAGGGUCUUGUGAACCUUGCAUACCCGGUUGUGAGCCCUGUGGCCCAUCUCCUUGCGGACCGUCUCCUUGCGGGCCAUCUGCAUACAGCCCUUGCCUACCCUCCCGUCCAUGUGGACCCUCCGCUUGCAAUCCUUGUGGACCCACAGUACCUUGUGGACCAACUUCUUAUGGACCCAUCCCUUGUGGACCUAAACCCUGUGGACCAGCUUAUCCACGACCCACUUGUGAAGUCGACUGCCGCAAACCUAACUGUUCUCCUAGGUAUUCAGGGAGAGCCCCAUGUGGAGUCGGAUGCGUCAAACCUUUCUGCAAACCUGUCUACCGCUCUGGCAGGAACGUUCGCUGUGUACGCCAUGGAGGGUCUGCUCGCGACAACCAUCAUCACCUUGGCAAUUUGGUGGGCCAGUGGAGCAUUCGUUGACAAAAGACCUAACGAAAUACAGGCAAAUAAUGCGACAAAUGUGACACUGACAAUAUACUACGAGACCUACUGCCCUGACUCUGAGUACUUCAUCAUCGAGCAGCUUUAUCCAGUUCAUGCCUCGUUACGGGAGAAACUCAUUGUUGACUUCGUACCUUACGGCAAAGCCGAUCAAUUCCAACUGAACGGACAGACUCGGUUCGAUUGUCAGCACGGCAGUAGGGAGUGUGACGUGAAUAUGAUCCAUGCCUGCGCCGUGAGAGAGGUGUGUGGGGAGCGACCGCAGGACUGUCCGUGGGACCAGAGGUACAGACUGAUGGAGUUCGUCUACUGCAACAUGGAGCAGAGGGAUCGGAAAGGAACUGCGGAGGAGUGCACCCAAAAGGCUGGCUUGGAGACUGACGUAAUCAUGAAUUGCACCAAAUCCGACUCAGGCAGAAAGUUCCUGAGCCAUUUUGGAAACCGAACCUCCGAGUUCGAACCUGCUAUAAGCAUGCAUACGGGGUUUGUCCCUUCAAUUGCCAUAGACGGGAUUCCCAAUCCUGCGGCGUUCAGUGACCUCCGAGGAGAAGUUUGCAAAACACAUCCUUCGAUCUGUUGAAUCUGCUCGUCUCCAACUGUUCCAGCCUGUUUAUGAUUUAUAUGUCCGAAGAUGCAAAACCUAAGUAUAAUCAAAUUGACUUUUAUAAUUAGGUAGAACACAAUGUAAGCCAAUCAGGAGAAAGAAUUUACAUAAAUCCGUGGGCGUGGCCCAUCAAGUAAACCUGAUCUGAAAGCAACUAUGUUUGGACAAUUCAGUGGACCUAUGUAAUAAUACAAAGAUAUAGUUUAAGAAAUAUUCACUUACUGAUAGCAUUUGCAUCUGUGUUAAUACGAGUAAAAUAAAAACCUGAAGACAUGUUAAAUAUAUUCAAUUGUGUCGUUUACCACUAUGCACUAUUAAACAUUUUAUGUU